AUGAUAGGUAAAAUAUUCGAUAAUGCCUUUCGUAUAAGGACAUACAACAGAUUUGUAUGCUUUUUGAUUGGAGGCACAUUUGCUUAUAGUUUUUCUAACCCUGAUAUGGAUACAGUAUAUGACCUUUUUCCUAUUUUUAAACAAAAUAAAUAUGCAUAUUUAACAUUUCUAGAAGUAAAUGAAAAACAUAGUAAUGUUUUUGAAGAGAGAUUAAAAGAUUUAUGUAGAUUUUAUCAAAAACAACCAGGUUAUUUAUAUACAAAAAUUAUAAAAAGAAUUGAUAAUAUUAAUGAUCUUAGUAAAUAUAUUGUUAUAUCCACAUGGAUAAAAAGUGAAAAUUAUCUUUUAGCAUGUAAUAGAAUGUAUGGACAAAUUUUAAUUAACAAAAUACAAAAUUAUGCUAAAUAUAAUUCUUACUUAUAUAGAAUAGUUGUAGAUGACUCGGAUUAUCUUCCCCCAAUUUGA